UGAAUAAAUUUGGUAACACCCGGUACCACUUUUGGUUCACGCUCCGUUCGAUUAACAUCUCAUAGCAACAGAUACUACAAUGGCGGAUCUCAGUGCCAAGGAAGUCGAAAAGGUAGAAUUCGCGUUUUCCAUUUAUGACGCCGAUGGCACCAACGUCAUCGACGCCGUCGACCUUGGCAACGUCCUUCGGGCCCUUAACCUGAAUCCUACGAACGCCACGAUUGAGAAACUCGGCGGUACGAAAAAGAAGGGCGAGAAGAUGUUGAAACUUGACGAGUUCCUGCCGAUCUACAGCCAGUGCAAAAAGGACAAGGAUCAGGGAUGCUACGAGGACUUCCUAGAGUGUUUGAAACUGUACGACAAACAGGAGAACGGGACGAUGCUUGGUGCUGAACUUUCACACACGCUGCUUGCACUUGGUGAGAAAUUGGAGGACGCGGAAGUAGAGCAGGUGUUGAAGGAUUGUAUGGACCCAGAAGACGAAGACGGUUUCAUCCCCUAUGGUCCGUUCUUGAAGAAGAUGAUGGUGCUAUUGUAAGAAAUGCCGGAGUGUCAGUGUCACAAAUAUCGCCCUUCCGUUCCUACGUAGAUUGUGCGAUAGAGCAGCGGCAGAGGAAGAUUGAAGUGACAACGUGACGACCGCAACGUCGGUAUUCAUUCGUCGGCGAUAUCCACGUCAGCGAGGGACAUGUUCAUACUUCCGUAUAUUUAUCGUAAACUUAAACAUCCCAAGUUUAAAAGGCCGCUAAAACCCGACACUUAUAAUAAACGACUAGAUACAUUCUGAAUACUAACGCUAACUUCAAUGGAAAAUUAUUUUUUAAAAAGAAAGAAACACCAUCAGACAUCGAGGUGGACGGAAUGUAAAAUUGAAUCAAAAGUCGAGUGUAAAACGAUUCGGUUGUAAUUCUUGUCACAUGACUCACGUCUAUUCUUAUUGAGAACGUCGUACAAUAUUUAAUAAGUAUAUGUCUACUGACACUGUAAGAAACCGAAUGUGGAAACACUUCUGUUAUUUUAAUUAUUAUUUGUUAAUUUAAUAAACAUUACUCCUCGGGUGCAACGAGGUGAAAAAUGACUGUCUCACGUUGUUAACAAUUUUCUCAUGGGAAUUGACCGAUAUCCGCCGAUUUGUACAUCGUAUUUCGUGCUGAAUCCUCGAAUGUUAUCUUUUGCGAUGUAAAUAAAAGUAUAAACAUGUUUUGUAUAAAUUUA